UCCAAGGUCCAGAGUAUCCAUACCUGAGAGUCAUCCCUGAGGCCUACGCUGCACCAAUGUACUGGUAUUCGUGUCGUCACAUCUAUACCGAACCUACCGGAAGUCUGACGGAUAAUGCCAAGUUCCAGACAACUCGGUGAUGGGGGGUUUUUUUUUUUUUUUUUCAAUUAAUGUAGCCGGUUUCAGAAGUUUCCAUUCUAGUAUUUCCUUUGAGAGGUAUCUUCAGUCCGUCGAUAGUGUUUUAUAUCACCUCUCACGUCCCAUAUCCUUGCGCUUUCCCUCUCUUCCCCGUUGGUUUAUCACACCAGCCCUGUCUUUGGUUUCGAUUGUCCGUCCCUUUGGGACUAUAUCGCCAUCCCAAUAGUCGUGAGAUUGUUCAAUAGCCAACUUCAUUUAUCGUUGUGAAAUUACUACCUAGUUCAUUAUGUUGACUCCUCGCUACUCGAUCACCUUCGCAGUAGCGCUCCAAGCGUCCGCCUUGGCUUCUGCUGAAACUCUGAACGAGAAGGUUUGGUCGGUAUUCGCCUAUACUCUCCACGGUGAUACUAUUCCAGAGGCUUUGCCCCAGUCGAGUACCCUGACUACGUAUGGGGCCAGUGGACUGUAUUCCGCAGGAUCUGCCUUCCGGAGUCGAUAUGUCGCGGUGCACCCGGGUGACAGCUAUCCAAGCACCAGGAUCCAAAAUAUAUCCCCUUAUGCGCUAGAAACAGAAGAGGUCGAUGUACUGUCAGCCGCCGAUCAGUCUGUCGUUGCGUCUGCCCAAGCUUUUAUGCAAGGGCUCUAUCCUCCUCUCGGCCAGUCUUACAACGCAACAUACGUCGAGCCCUCUUCCCUGUUAGCAAACGGAUCAUUGGCAUCCGCUCCUCUGAAUGGAUAUCAGUAUCCUCAGAUCACUGCCCCGAGCUCAGCGGAUCCUCUUUCGGUUCAGGUGGCUGGUCAGCAUGAAUGUCUUAUGCAUCAAGCCGCAGAUUAUGAGUAUCGUGCCAGCCUUGAAGUCCAGGAGAUCACUCAGGUCUCCGAGGCGUUUUAUAUGCGCCUUUAUGAUCAAGCAUUGUCUGGUGUAUUCGAGCGCUCUGCGGCCACUUAUAAAAAUGCCCAGUCCAUAUCUCAAUUUCUGGAGUACCAGGCCGUGCACAAUGAAACCCUACUACACAGCAUCAAUCAAGAAGACAUAGAUCGCGCGAGGUGGUAUGCAGACCAGUAUAUCUAUGCUACAAAUGGCAACAAAAUUUCCUCAGGCCCUAUAGCAAAUGCUAGCAUCCGGACUGUGGCAGGACAAACAUUGGCACCACGCAUUUUGAAUGCGUUCAAAAAUAACAUCAACAAUCGAGGGAAUGGCGAAAAACUUUCACUUGUAUUUGGCAGCUCCGAGCCUGUUGUCGCUCUUGCGUCACUGAUGCAGCUAUCCUCACCAAAAAAUGGAAAUUUCCAGUCUCGUUUGGCGGCUGGCGCUUCAAUCGUGCUUGAACUCUUUAGCCUUGAGGAUGAGGCCAAUCCCACAUAUCCCGACCCAUCCCAACUUUGGGUGCGGUUUCUCCUUCACAAUGGAACCGACGACUCUACCGAUUUUCGAUCUUAUGCUCUUUUUGGACACGGUCCCAGCAAAGUUGAUAUCCAUUACUCUGAAUUCGAAGCGGAAAUGGAAAAUAUCUCCAUGAGAUCUGCUGAAGAUUGGUGCCUCAAGUGUAAUUCGCGUGCUGUGUUUUGCUCCGGAUUGUUCAGCGAGCAUCACAAUCAGCCUGCGAGCAAAAAGGGCAUAAGCCCUGCCGUCGGUGGUGUUAUCGGGGCAGUUGUUACUUUGGUUGUACUGGCACUUGCUGCUGUCAUCGGGUUCUUGAUCUAUGGCUUCCGCACAAACCGCUGGCGUAAACCAAGCCUUGGGGGUUUCAAGGGAAACGGAAAGAUGGCAAGUGAUUCGGAUAUUACCUUCAAAAACCCAAUAUGGGGUGAUGUCAAGGUAGCCGAAGGUCAAAGGCCCGACGAAAAUGAAGCUGGGGGAACUAUAGUAAGAGGUAAUGAGCGUUCAGGCAGUUGGGAGAUGAGGCAGCAGGGCCAACGCAACCGUGGGAACCCCAAUGGUGCCCAGCAGAACAAUCCUUUCCAAGAUGAAGUUGAGGAGGAGUGGAGGUUGCACAGCCUGAUGCAGCCUGUCAGAGUUCGAGAGAGUGUUUGAUAUACCGUACUAGGGCUGCGGCGUAUCCCAUGUAUCUUCAUGGCAUAGUACUUACUACAUUGCUCAUGAUAUUAAUUUGAUAGAAAAGUUAUUUCUGUUGCUGGUACAUUUCUUUUCUCUCUCUC